AUGGAGUAUUGGCUCUCAGGCGCGGCCGCAGCGCCAAUUGGGGUAGAGGACAUAGUCGCAGCAACCUACAUUGGCGGCACGGAGGCUUGGGAGAGAGCUGGACCACGACAAGAUCCGAGGGCCGGGAUCGGGGUGUGCCGGGCGGUUGGAUGGCUGAUGGGGGGGAGCGUGAGUGUGCGCAUUAUCGCAUCAGCAAGUCGUGUUGUCAUUGCGGGUUGGCUAUGGCUACGCGUGGCGCAUCUGCGCAGAGAAGCCGGGAGGGUGAUGGCGACGGCGACGGCGACGGCGGUGGCUGCGGCGAAGGCGCUUGUGCUUGUUGCGUGA